CGUUAUUUGGUCCGAAUUUGUUUCAUCAAGAGGGAAGUAAAGAGAAUAAGUUGAAAGGCAACUGAUCUUCUUCCUAGCUUGUUUUACAGAAUAGUCCUGCUACAGCCAAUAUUGCAUCUGAUAGGUAAUUACUGCAGAUGCUCUAAUGGCCAAUGUUCCACCUUUUCAACUGCCGGCUAAUUCUCAAGGGAUGUAUGAUUAUGCAUAUCAAAAUAUGGGCGAAGUUUCAUCAAGGCCACCAGAGAAAGAAGCAGUUACACUCUUGAUACGUCAUCUUCCUGAGGCUAUUCCUCAUGACACCCUCUCUCGUCUCUUUUCGCAUUAUGGUGCUUCUCGUGUCCAUCCCUGCACUACUGGAAGGAUGAGGAACUGUGCAUUUGUUGAUUUUAGUAAUGAAGGUUUGGCAACUCAAGCACAGCGCCAAUUAAACGGGUUGCGGUUUCUUGGUAAAGUCUUGUCAGUUGAGAGAUCUGUUACACCACCACAUGAUACUAGAUCUCAGCAAAAUAAAUCUUUGUCGGGGAAUGAUGCCAAGCCAUCAAUAGAUGAUGCUACUUUAGCCAAAGAUUCGGAACAGGAACCGGUGACGAAGUCCUUACCAGCACUUGAACCUAUUGCUGCAAAACUUGGGGUGGAGUACCCGUUUCCUCCUCAUCUUGUGUAUGCAUACCCCCCACCAGACGGAAAUAUCCUAACCAACAUUCUAAAUGCUCUUAUUGCUGUUCCUCGCUUCUAUACACAGGUGUUGCACUUGAUGAACAAAAUGAAUAUUCCAGCUCCAUUUCGUGCAGCACUGCCUACUCCACCUCUACCUCCUUCAGCACCUGCACCACAUCCACCACCACCCCCUCCUGUAGAUACAAAUUCUACUUUGGCACAUCUCUCGAGUGGUGAAUCAGAGUUGGAAUCUUCAGAUGAGGAAGACGUUGGAGCUCGGCGACCAGCUGGACCAAGGCGUAAGCGAAUCAAGCGAGAAGCUAUUGUGGGCCCUGCUAUUGACAAGGAUGUAGCUCAUGAGGCCGUUGGAUUGAAACCCGCUACCUUAGUUCCUAAGGAGAUCCCGAUGAUAAAAAAGAAGAACCCUGUCUUGCAGAUUAAAAUUACUCCUAAACGACCUCAAACUGAACCAGUAGAUGAUGGCACAGCAGAAGACGUAGAGGAGAUGGAGAAUGAGAAUUUAAGUACUAAACCCUUUGCUACUGUCGAAGAGUUGGAGCACGGAAAAUUGCCUCCAGAAGAAAUUUUAUCCCUUCCAAUGUUUAAGAAUUAUAAUGCUGGAAAUCCUGCUCCUGUGUUGUACAUAAAGAACUUGGCAAAAGAUGUGGUUCCAGAUGACUUCUACUUCGUGUUUGGUUUAUCUUGUGUUGCAGGCACAUUCUUUGAAAGCAUUGAAACAGCUAAAACGAAUCUUUCUGUGAAGUUAAUGCAGGAGGGAAGAAUGAGGGGUCAAGCAUUUGUAACAUUUCCAUCGAUUGACAUUGCUCAUCGUGCUCUGAAUCUGGUGAAUGGUUUUGUAUUUAAAGGCAAGCCCAUGAUCAUCCAGUUCGGCCGGAAUACUUCUGCUGGCAAAACAAACGAAAAAUAGCAUCUCGAGGAAGAUCUUGUGCGGCAAAACCAUGGGGCAGCAGGCAGGGGUAAAAUUGUGAAUUCACAUUCUCCAGCUUUUUAACAUCUGUGGAACCACGUGGGUGACAAAGGGCACGAUCACGUGCUUCUCCAUCUACCAUUAUCUAUUUAUCGUGGUUCUCAAUUUCAUCUCUCCCUUUGCAUAUUUUGCCCCCUCAACUUUUGUGGGCUGUUCAACUUGGUUUUAUAUUUAUGCCUUUUUUGCAACUUCCCCUUAUUUAACUCUUAAGUAAUAUAUUUAAUUCACAUGUUAUUC